UUUGACGUUUGUCUCCACGAGAAUGGGAUUUGAGAAUAAUCUUUGAGAUUAAAAAUAUCGCAAUUUCUUUCGUGUGUAGUAUUUUUACAUUAAAAAUUGAAUUGAAUUGAACAUCAUGGUCGGUCAACAUGACGAGAAUUUGUUGUCGGAUAUGUUGCCUGUGUACUACACAAGGCUAUUUCCUCAGAACAUAUUUUGUCGGUGGCUGAGCUGUGGAAGCAGUCCACAACCUCUCGCCAACAGAGAGUUGUCGUUUACCCUAGCAGACGAUGUGUAUUUACGAUACUUAACCAUAUGUAAUCAGAAAGAGUUUCAAACAUUGCUACAAAAGAAAUGCCCUUACAAACUAGAUAUUGGUGCUGUUUACAAUACUAAACCAUCUAUAGCUCGGCAUGAUUCAGUGGUACUUGCUAGAGAGCUGGUAUUUGAUAUUGAUCUUACGGAUUAUGAUGAAGUGAGGACAUGUUGCCAAGAAGCCAAGGUCUGUGAAAAAUGCUGGAAGUUUAUGGUCAUUGCAUGUGAAAUCAUUGACAAAUCUUUAAGAGAGGACUUUGGAUUUCAAAGCAUCCUAUGGGUGUUUUCUGGCAGAAGAGGUGUACAUUGUUGGGUAUCAGACUAUGAGGCAAGGACUUUGGAUGGUCCCGGGAGGGGAGCUGUGGCCGAUUAUCUCUGCUUGAUCUUUGGAGGAGACAAUCAGACCAAAAAAGUCCAUCUGGGAAGUGAAAACAUGCAUUCUAGUAUAAGGAGAGCCCUUGAAAUAAUUGACAAGUACUUUUUAGAACUUUUGCAGGACCAAGAGUUUCUCUCAACUGAAAACAGACUGAAGGCUUUCUUAAAAUUAAUACCUGAUGAAACACUAAGAUCACAAGUGGAGAAAAAGCUGGAGAAAAUGCCAGAAUCAUCAGUAGACAGAUGGAAAACAUUCUUGAAUUUGUAUGAAUCAUUCUUCAGAGAAAAUGGUAGUGCAGUUAGAAAGAUGAAGUACUUAGUAGAAGAAAUCAAGAUACAGUACUGUUACCCAAGGCUGGACGUGAAUGUCACAAAAGGUUUCAACCAUCUUCUGAAAUCUCCCUUUAGUAUACAUCCAAAAACUGGAAAGGUGUGUGUGGUGUUCAAGCCAGGCAAUGCUAAGACUAUGAAACUAGAGGAUGUACCUACAAUCUACAGUUUGCUCGAUGAUAGCACUCCAGAAAGUGCUCAACAUCAAGCCAAUAUGAGGACAGCUGUAAAGAACUUCCAAGAAGUUGUAUUUUCUCUGGAAAAAGCUGAAGCUUUGAGAAGGAAGAAUGAUCAUAAUAUUUCCCUGGAUUUUUAAGUCACUUUCCUGUCAAUUAAGUAUUUUAUAAGAUUGUAAAUUAUAAAAACAACACUUAUUAAAAAAGUAAA